AAGCAUAGUAUAAGAGUUCGAUUCCCACUGCAUAGAUAGUAAGAAGGGACAUCUAUUUAAACUGGGCAAGGAAGCUGGCAGUACUUAACGAAGGUCUGAAAAUCAGGUGGCGAUUUCGUGGAAGAAAAUCAGAUUUCCACCUCUUUGAGCUUCUGGUACUGAAAUGCAGGAGCUUUUGGCCUUUCUAUGGUGCCAUUUGGUUUAUUGAUCAGUUAAGGUGCUCAUAAUCUUCCUCAAGAAACUCUUGUACCAAGAGUGUUGUUGUCAACAUUUGUGAAAAAGUGCACCUAGAAGCUGCAGCACGAUCAUCUUUAGAAAUGUCUUUGUUAUCAAAGUUGCGCUGUAUCACAGUGGAUGUUACUGGGACUCUCAUUGCCUACAAAGGGGAGCUUGGGGAUUACUAUUGCAUGGCAGCUAAAUCUGUUGGAUUGCCUUGUCCCGAUUACAAACGUGUCCAUGAGGGCUUUAAACUUGCGUACACAGAAAUGGCGAAGAAAUACCCGUGUUUUGGUUAUGCAGCCAAAUUGCCCAAUAUUAAGUGGUGGAAGACUUGUGUGAGAGACUCCUUUGUCAGGGCAGGGUAUGAUUACGAUGAGGAGACAUUUGAGAAGAUAUUCAAGCGCAUAUACUCGACCUUUGGUUCAUCUGCACCUUACAGCAUCUUUCCAGAUUCUCAACCAUUCCUAAGAUGGGUUCGCGAAAGAGGCAUAAAAGUGGGGAUCGUAAGCAAUGCAGAGUACCGGUAUCAGGAUGUGAUUCUCCCUGCAUUGGGUUUGAAUAAGGGAUCUGAGUGGGACUUUGGCGUGUUCUCUGGUCUUGAAGGAGUAGAGAAGCCGGACCGGAGGAUAUACGAGAUCGCUCUGGAGCGGGCUGGGGUAGUAGCGCCGGAAGAAGCCUUGCACAUUGGAGAUAGCAUGCGCAAGGACUAUUUGCCUGCCACGAGUGUGGGAAUGCAUGCACUGUUGUUGGAUAGGUUUAAGACUCCGGAUGCCGAAAACUGGAGGAAAUCCGGCGCCCCUGUUCUCGACGACCUGGUGGCGGUGCAGGAAUGGCUGACUUCUGAAAAAUUGACUCUUUAAGAGCCUUGUAUUUGUGUAAUGCUCAUUUUUAGUAAGUGAUGAUAGGCAUGAUCAAUGAGUGAAUAGGAGAGAGAAUUGUUCUGGAAGGCAACAACAACAAAAAGAGCGGCUAUUUGGUAGUUUGGAACGGAUUCUGUGUAGCAAACAAUCUUUAGAUUAGAUGGUCAACAUGAAAUCGAAGUUGUUAGUGAUGCACAGGCACAGGCACAGCCCAAAAAACUGGGCUCUUUCUAUGGUUGAAAAGCUUGCUUGUGAUGAGGAAACUGCUUCAAUUGGGUUGGAUAAUACAUAUCUCAUUUGUGUUUUUAU